CAUCACUUGUCUUAUCCCUAACCUCCCGUACGAACACCGCUUGCUACCAUGGAUGAAGAAUACGAUGUUGUUGUUCUGGGCACUGGGUUGACGGAAUGUAUCCUGUCUGGUCUCUUGUCUGUCGAGGGCAAGAAGGUCCUGCACAUGGACAGGAACGACUACUAUGGUGGUGAUAGCGCCAGUCUGAACCUGACUCAACUCUACCGUAAAUUCCGUAAGGAUCAGACCCCUCCCACCAACCUCGGACGUGACAGAGAUUACGCCGUCGAUCUCAUCCCCAAGUUCAUCAUCGCCUCGGGCGAGCUCACCAAGAUCCUUGUCCACACCGAUGUCACUCGCUACCUUGAGUUCAAGCAGAUCGCAGGCAGCUACGUGUACCGCGAGGGCAAGAUCUCCAAGGUCCCGAGUACGGAGAUGGAGGCGGUGAAGAGCCCCCUUAUGGGCCUGUUCGAAAAGCGCAGGGCGAAGAAAUUCUUCGAGUUCUUGCAAGGCUGGAAAGACGAGGAUCCCGCUACUCACCAGGGGAUCGACCUUGACAAGGAUAGCAUGAAGAGCGUGUAUGAAAAGUUCGGGCUGGAGCCCGGUACACAGGACUUCAUCGGACAUGCUAUGGCUCUCUAUCUCGAUGAUGACUAUAUCAACAAACCUGCGCGUCCAGCCUACGAUCGCAUCGUUCUCUACACUUCAUCCAUGGCCCGCUAUGGCAAAUCUCCCUACAUCUACCCCCUUUACGGCCUCGGCGAACUUCCCCAGUCCUUCGCGCGUCUCUCGGCUAUCUACGGGGGCACCUACAUGCUCGACAAGCACAUCGACGAGAUUGUGACCGACGCGGACGGCAAGUUCGUCGGCGUUCGCAGUGGCACUGAGACCGUCAAAGCGAAGCAGGUUAUCGGAGACCCCAGCUACUUCGGCGCGGGGAGCCUGGAUGGUGGCAAGGUCCGCGUAGUUGAAGAGCGGAAGGUCAUCCGCGCCAUAUGUCUCCUCAACCACCCCAUUCCUGGCACGGAUGACUCGGACAGUGUCCAGAUCAUCAUCCCCCAGAACCAGGUUGGCCGUAAAAAUGAUAUUUACAUCGCCAUGGUCUCUUCCACCCACAACGUUUGUGCCAAGGACGUCUACGUCGCGAUCGUCAGCACAAUCGUCGAGACGAGUGCCCCUGAGAAUGAGAUUCAACUCGGCCUUUCCCUGCUUGGACCCCUCAUCGACAAAUUCGUUUCCGUCACGCCCCUGUAUGCGCCUACGUCUGAUGGCAAGGCAGAUAACAUUUACAUCACGCGCUCCUACGACGCGACAUCCCACUUCGAGACCGUCGUCGAGGAUGUCCAGGACGUCUGGAAGAGGGUCGUGGGGUCGGACCUCGUCCUGAAGAAGCGCGAGGUCGAAGCAGAGCCUUGACGAGUAGAUUAAUGACGGAUUAACGGAACUUCACCCCCUUUUACUCUUCCUAAUCGGCUUUUGUGUAUCGCGUCUUGGAUCCGGCAGUAACACCCAACACAUGAAAUUUGUACAAUCAUUCGACGAGAAAUACCAAACCUUAGCAUACAUGACAUCUUAUCUCUUCGUUCGUGUCGCGAAUUGAUAUCUUUUCUGAGGAAAAUAGGAG